AUGAUGGAUUUACAACACUUGUUUGUAAUCAUCCUUAUAUGCCUUGGAACCACAGUCUUGACCCAAGCCAUAAUUACCUACAGAUUCCGCAACAAACUACAGCUUCCACCAAGCCCAACAGCUUUACCGAUCAUCGGUCACAUUCACCUUCUUGGUCCCAUAGCUCACCAAGCACUUCACAAGCUCUCAAUCCGCUACGGACCCUUGAUUUAUCUCUUCAUUGGCUCCAUUCCUAAUCUUAUUGUCUCAUCCUCUGAGAUGGCGAAUGAGAUUUUCAAAUCCAACGAGCUCAACUUCCUGAACCGUCCCACAAUGCAAAACGUUGACUACCUUACUUAUGGCUCAGCCGAUUUCUUCUCAGCGCCUUACGGGAUCCACUGGAAGUUCAUGAAGAGGAUUUGUAUGGUGGAGCUCUUCAGCAGCAGAGCAUUAGAUAGCUUUGUCUCCGUGAGAAGCGAGGAGUUGAGGAAGCUUCUUACACGCGUCCUGAAAAAAGCAGAAGCAGAAGAGAGUGUUAAUCUCGGUGAACAGCUAAAGGAACUGACAAGCAACGUCAUAACGAGAAUGAUGUUCAGAGAAAGGCAUUCGGAGGAUAGUAACGGCUGCGGCGGGAAAAGAGAGGAAGUUAUCAAAAUGGUGGUGGAGUUGAAUGAACUAGCAGGGUUCUUCAACGUUUCUGAAACGUUUUGGUUCUUGAGAAGGCUUGACUUGCAAGGAAUCAACAAGAGGCUCAAGAGUGCUAGAGAGAAAUAUGAUGUGAUCAUAGAGAGUAUAAUGGAAGAGCAUGAGACUAGGAAGACGGAUGAAGCAGGAGCGAGGAACAUGCUAGACAUUCUGCUCCACAUCUAUGAAGACAAAAACGCGGAGAUGAAACUGACAAGAGAAAACAUUAAGGCAUUCAUCAUGAACAUUUAUGGAGGUGGAACAGAUACAAGUGCCACCACAGUAGAGUGGGCUUUAGCAGAGCUGAUAAACCAUCCAGAGAUGAUGAAGAAAGCGCAACAAGAGAUAGAGCAAGUGGUGGGAAACAAGAGACUAGUAGAAGAAUCUGACUGUUGCAAUCUCAGUUACAUCCAAGCAGUUGUGAAGGAGACACUGAGGUUACAUCCUGGAGGACCAAUAUUCGUGAGAGAAUCGGAACAAGAAUGCAAGGUGGCUGGAUACAGAGUCCCAGCAAAAACGAGAGUGAUAGUUAACGUUUGGGCGAUCGGAAGAGACCCAGAUCAAUGGGAAGAUCCAUUGGAGUUUAGGCCUGAGAGGUUCCAAGGGAUGGAAGGGAAGCUCAUGAGUGAGAAGAUGGUGUCUUUUGGAUCUGGGAGAAGAAGCUGUCCUGGAGAAAAAAUGGUAUUUAGAUUCGUUCCAUUGACUUUAGCUGCGAUAAUACAGUGCUUUGAGUUGAAAGUGAAGGCAAGUGUGGAGAUGAAUGAAGGGAUUGGAUCCUCUCUGCCUAGAGCCACACCUCUGGUUUGUGUUGCUGUUGCUAAGGAGGCUAUACAGUCGUUUUCCUCACUUGAGCCAAAGCUCAACUUCUAG